AACGGACCCCACAGCCGUGCUCAAGGUGCCAGCUUUGAACCUCAACAGCACGCAGGCUCGCAGUGUGGAGAUUUGUCAUGUGCUAGGCGACCCUUGUAGGUCCCCUAAGCGGCUUUGCUUCAACGGAACGUCUUGCAAGUACUCCCUGUUCUCGGACGCUGGAAUCAGCGUGCUCGGCGGCACGUGCUGCAUGGUGGGAUCCAUGCCCCUUGUGCUUGGCGGGAGCGACAUUGAUGGAUACGACGUGGCGCCCGCCCCGGGCCCGCCCAAGGUUGCUAGUCCGCCUCCGACGCCCAACCCGCCGGCCCUGAUCCGUGUGGUGCCGCCGCCGAGGCCCUUGCCGCCCAGCCCACCAUUCCCAAGGCCCCCACCGCGUCCACGGCCGCGGCCGCCACCUCCGUCACCAGUGAAGCGACCACCCAGCCCUCCGCCGCCGUCGCCACCGCCCCCUGAC